UCGACCCCAUAUAAAUAGAAGUGUAUAGUUUCGACACCGCGUAAAUGAAUCGGAAAUGUCACCCAAGAAGUGUGAGCCGCCGCCCGAGGACUCGCUUGCCACCACUGAAAAGGCCACCUUUCUUCGUUUGGGCCACAAGAACCACUCCCAAUGGACCGCGCUCGGAUCAGCAUCCUUCAUCCUAAUCUCUGGAGGAAUGAGUUUGGCAUGGGGAGCCGGAUUCGCCGUUCACUCCACCCAUCGGGAUCAACUCCUGCGGACCGUGCACAUGCAAGUCGCCUGGUAUGCAACUGCCGUGCUUGGAGCCCUUUUUGGAGCAUUUUAUACUCACCGACUGCCACAGCAACCCAUUUAUAUUUUUAGCUCCAUCUUGGUUAUUGCUUCCGGAAUACUGUUCCUCGCUUGGCCAGAGUGUCCAGGUGCCAUUAUAGCCGCCCGGUAUUUAGAUGGAUUGGCCAAUGGUCUGGUAUUUGUUCCCGCCCUAAGUACUGUGGGCGAGAUUUCUGUGAACGAGAUCCGUGGACUUUUGGCCUCCACGGUGGAGCAGCUCAGCUUCAACACCGGCAUCCUUAUGCAGCUGAUCUACACGGCCGUGUGGCAAGUGAACUGGAACGUGGCCAUUGUGGCAGAUCAGGUGCAUGGAGUGCUAUCCAUAGUCUACGGAGUUAUAGCCCUGGUUUUGGCGCUAACUCUCUGUGUGGAGUCACCUGUCCACCUGUUGAUGCGAUCUAGUGAGCAAAGGGCGUUGGUUGCCCUGAGGCAUCUUCAAAGGCCUUAUAUGGUGACCAGUGAAAUGCUACUGAGAUUAGAUGAACACAAACAAUAUGUGGCCGCCAACAGGGAAAUGUGUUUAGGAUCGAGUCUGCAGAAAGGGUAUCCAUCGGUUCUGAAGCUUCUGGCCCUUCGAUUGUUGGGAGUCCUGUCCCUGAACUCCAUCGUCUGCAGUGCUCUCUACGAAACCGGCAAUCAGUUGGUUAGCUGUUUGUAUGCAUGGCCUUUUGUGGUUUUCGGGCUGCUCCGAUGGGGCGGAUGCUUCUUUGCGGUGCUUUUGAUGGACACCACUGGCCGGAAGAAACCGACCCUUUUCGGAAUCUUUUCCACCGGAGCCUUUGCCAUUGCAUAUGCCAACUUAUUUGGACGAACACCUCAUAUGAUCACCGCCUUGGUGAUGCUCUUCAGUCUCCAAUUCUUCGCGGGACUGGGACAAUGUGUCUCUGCGGCUUACCUCACUGAAGGCUUUCCUCUGCGAAUAAAACCACAUAUGGUGGCUGUAGUAUACAUAAUGGAACAGGCUGCACGACUGCUCCUCUGCAGCUUUUUAACAUCGAUCGCUGAAAUAACAGCAUACUUUCACUCCCUGGGAGGACUUUCCAUGGUGUGUUUUCUUCUCGGAAUCUUCUGUCUGCCGGAAACUAGACUAGUUACUUUGGGAGAAGCACAGCUCAAGUUUUCCAAGUGGUUCAACAAGGAUUUUUAGGUAUAAGUGGGAAGGGGGGAAAUAAAUGUUUAUAUAUAACAACAAUAAAGAAUGACUUUUUUUCUUGUUUUAAACAGAAGGAAUGAUAAGCGCAUUAAAGUAGUAGUAGUUUAUGUAGUUUUUGAUAAGAAAGUUUUAAUUAGGUUCGAUAACGAGCAAUUACUAUUGGCACACCCGCUGAGUGAGUUAGUUUAGUAUUGAUCAUAAAAAGAUCAAUACAGACAAGCACAAUAUCCAUGAGUCGAAUGAACCCAAAUAAUCGGACAGGGUCUAUGACCACAGUUUCAGGAAGGGAAAUCCAAAAUAUAAUCCAAAAUAAUCUUAUCUAGCCUGGUCAAAACGUGUAAAUUCCCGGAAUACUUCAUUGAAGAUCUGGCUAAACAUCCUAAUGAGGAAAAUCGAUUUUCUUUCUUUUCAC